GACAACUCUCCCCCGUUACAAUCUUCCUUAUUGUGGACAUUUCAGUGGAUAACACAAAAUCUUAGUUUAAUUCAUUAAGCUCGAUGAAAAGCCCUUCAUAUUCCUGAAUCUGUAUUGCCCAUGAUUCGAGUUCAAGUUUCUAUUAUGGAAAUUGAACGGACAGAUCAAGGAACUCGUCAAUGGAGGUCAAUAAUAUCUCUUGUACGGAGGUUUGGUUUCAAGGUUUUAAAGACCCGACAGAGUCAUGGUCGUUUUCUAAGCCGGCCAGAAAAAUCCAAAAGGCAAGAGGCCCCAUCCCAUUUUUUUUCACCUCUCGCCUAUAUUUUGCUGUAUGAACAAUGGAGUUGGGGGAAUCGGCGUUGAAUAAUGGAGAAGCAACCCAGUUCUGGGCUACCCUUUUUGUUUCUGGUUCUUGUGCUGAUAUCCUUUUGUGUUGAAGUGAGCUGUAAUUUUGUGAGCUAUGACACUGGUGGUGGUGCUGUGGAAGGCAAGUUGAAUGUUCACUUGGUUGCUCAUUCGCACGAUGAUGUUGGUUGGUUGAAGACGAUCGAUCAGUACUAUGUUGGUUCAAAUAACAGUAUUCAGGGAGCGUGUGUGCAGAAUGUGCUUGAUUCGGUUGUUAGUUCUUUGCUUCGUGAUUCAAACAGGAAGUUUGUGUUUGCUGAAAUGGCAUUUUUCCAGCGAUGGUGGUCACAGCAAAGUCCCCAGCUUCAAAAACGAGUGAGAGAACUUGUUGAAGUUGGCCAGUUGGAAUUCAUAAAUGGAGGUUGGUGUAUGCAUGAUGAAGCAACAUGUCAUUACAUAGACAUGAUUGACCAAACCACUCUGGGGCACAGCGUUAUAAAGGAAGAGUUCAACACGGUUCCUCGUGCUGGAUGGCAAAUUGAUCCAUUCGGCCACUCUGCCGUGCAAGCUUAUUUACUCGGUGCUGAGGUCGGUUUCGACUCUGUACAUUUUGCAAGGAUUGAUUAUCAGGAUAGAGCAAAGCGGAUGGUCGAUAAAUCUCUAGAAGUCGUAUGGCGUGGCUCCAAAACAUUUGGUUCUUCAUCUCAGAUCUUUGCAAACGCCUUCCCUGUACAUUACAGUCCUCCUCCUGGUUUUCACUUUGAAGUGAACGACAACACCAAUAUUAUUCAGGAUGAUCCUUUACUUUACGACUACAACGUUAAACAACGAGUUAAUGAUUUUAUAGAUGCAGCUCUGACCCAAGCUAAUGUCACUAGGACUAAUCAUAUUAUGUGGACAAUGGGUGAUGAUUUUCAGUACCAAUAUGCUGAGUCCUGGUUCAAGCAGAUGGAUAAGUUUAUUCACUAUGUUAAAAAGGACGGUCGGAUUAAUGCUUUGUAUUCAACACCAUCCAUAUAUACUGAUGCAAAAAAUGCAGCGAAUGAAUCAUGGCCGUUGAAAACCGAUGAUUUUUUCCCGUAUGCUGAUCGUGAACAUGCGUACUGGACCGGCUUUUUUACAAGUCGUCCAGCGUUUAAAGGAUAUAUAAGGAUGCUGAGUGGAUAUUACUUGGCAGCCCGACAGCUCGAAUUCCUUGUUGGAAGGAGAUCCAGUGGCCCAAAUACUUAUAGUCUUGGCGAUGCUUUGGGGAUUGCACAGCACCAUGAUGCAGUGACUGGUACUGCUAAGCAGCAUACUACAAAUGACUAUACGAAACGGCUUGCUGCAGGAUCCUCUGAGGCUGAAGCAGUAGUCAAUUCUGCCCUUGUUUGCCUUGGACAAAAGAAAUUGGGUGAUCAUUGCGAGAUAUCAAAAACACUAAGCCAGUGCCCGUUACUCAAUAUCAGUUUCUGCCCACCAACUGAGCAAGAUAUUCAAGAAGGGAAUAGUUUGGUCGUGGUGGUGUACAACCCGCUUGGAUGGAUUCGUAACGAUAUUGUUAGAAUACCAGUUCAUGAUGCUGAUCUUGUAGUCCAAGAUAUCUCAGGCAAAACCAUUGAGUCGCAAUUUCUAGCCAUUGAUAAUGUCACGAAAAACAUAAGCGAGUUCUAUGUGAAGGCCUACUCGGGACGGGCAAGGGGACAAUUUCCCAAGUACUGGCUUCUGUUUCAAGUGUCGGUUCCUCAACUUGGAUGGAACACGUACUUUAUCUCUAAAGGAAGUGGUGGAGGCAAAAGAAGAUCUAAAUUUCUUCCGACUGACACUGACAGUCAGAAGGAUACCGUUGUUGUUGGACCUGGCCAUUUGAAGAUGUCCUUUUCUAUUGCUUCUGGUCAACUAAAACGAAUGUACAAUUCAAAAACCGGGGUUGAUGUACCAAUACAACAAAGCUAUCUUUGGUAUGCUUCAGCUACAGGUUCCAUUAACAAUAACCAGAAUUCUGGUGCAUAUAUUUUUGUGCCUCAAGGGGAACCAAAUAUCAUUUCAAGAUCAGUUCCUAUGGAAAUCAUUCGUGGACCGCUGGUCGAUGAGGUCCACCAACAAUUCGGUCCGUGGGUAUACCAGGUCGUUAGACUUUACAAAGACAGAGAGCAUGCUGAAUUUGAAUUCACUGUUGGUCCAAUUCCAGUGGACGAUAGUGUGGGAAAGGAGGUCAUCACGAGAUUGGUGACGAAUAUGGUAACGGAUAAGGUGUUUUACACUGAUUCGAACGGGAGAGACUUUUUAAAGCGGGUUCGAGAUUAUAGACAAGACUGGAAUCUCUCUGUGAACGAACCACAGGCGGGAAACUAUUACCCGCUCAACCUCGGGGUUUACGCUACCGAUAAAAAGACUGAAUUAUCCGUGUUGGUCGAUCGUGCCACCGGAGCAGCCAGCAUUAAAGAUGGACAAGUAGAGUUAAUGCUUCAUAGGCGCACUAUCUUGGACGACAGUAGAGGAGUCGGGGAACCUCUCGACGAAAUGGUGUGUCUUGAAGACAGUUGUCAAGGGUUAACGGUGAAGGGAAAUUACUAUGUGAACAUCGACAAACUGGGUUUGGGAGCUCGUUGGCGCCGAAAAACGGGCCAGGAAAUUUACUCCUCGCUUCUCUUAGCUUUCGCACACGAGAAAAGGGAGAGCUGGAUAGCAUCUAAGGUGACUAAAUCAACAACAAUGGAUCCAAAUUACAGCUUCCCUCUCAAUGUUGCCUUGAUUACUCUUCAGGAGCUGAAAGACGGAAGAGUAUUAGUCCGGUUGGCACAUCUAUAUGAGGCUGGAGAAGAUCCUGAAUAUUCAAAAAUGGCUAAAGUGGAACUGAAGAGAAUGUUCUUCAAGAAAAUGAUAAAUGAGGUGCAGGAGAUGAGUUUAUCAGCAAAUCAGUUGAAAUCAAAGAUGAAAAAGAUGUCAUGGAACGUUGAGGGAGACGGCAAAACAGAAGCCACCCCAGUUAGAGGUGGCCCUAUUGACCACUCAGCUCUUGUUGUGGAGUUGGGCCCAAUGGAGAUUCGCACUUUCAUAUUGAAAUUUUGACUCAAAAUUUCAUCCCCCUCUAUGUAACUUAAAUAUUUUCAGCAAUAAAGUUGAGAGUUCGACAUC